CGGCAAGGUUCGUUGUUUUGUCGGAUUGCAGUCUCAAUCAUGUAUUUUCGAGUUCUCUCGACACCGUCCUCGUCCAUGUUCGAUUCUUUCUCCUUGGUACGUCGUUUGAGUUAUUCCACGGAGUUGGGUCGUCGAGUCUAUGGACAUGUUUUGCCCUACCAUGAUCAGAUACAUCAACGUCUUCUGGAAAUUUGUUUGGAGCAAUGCAAAUUAUUCAAGAGUCGCAAAGUGUUCGACGAAAUGCCUCAGAGACUUGCACUAGCCUUGAGAAUCGGCAAAGCUGUGCAUUCCAAAAGCUUGAUUCUUGGAAUAGAUUCAGAAGGCAGGUUAGGCAACGCCAUUGUGGAUUUAUAUGCCAAGUGUGCACAAGUUUCUUAUGCUGAGAAGCAAUUCAACUCCCUUGAAAAGGAUGUUACGGCGUGGAACUCAAUGCUAUCGAUGUAUUCCAGCAUUGGCCAACCAGGAAAGGUCUUAAGGAGUUUUGUAUCAUUGUUUGAGAAUCUGGUUUUCCCAAAUAAAUUCACUUUUUCGAUUGUUUUAUCAACCUGUGCCAGGGAGACUAAUGUAGAGUUUGGUAGACAAAUUCAUUGCAGUAUGAUAAAGAUGGGGCUUGAACGCAACUCAUAUUGUGGAGGGGCUCUAGUUGAUAUGUAUGCCAAGUGUGACCGUCUUGGUGAUGCGCAACGAGUUUUUGAUGGGAUAGUGGAUCCUAAUACAGUUUGCUGGACAUGUUUGUUUUCUGGCUAUGUGAAGGCUGGUUUGCCAGAGGAAGCCGUCAUAGUAUUUGAAAGGAUGCGGGGUGAAGGCCAUCGGCCUGACCAUUUAGCUUUUGUGACUGUCAUAAAUACGUACAUCAGUUUGGGGAAGCUAAAGGAUGCACGGCUAUUGUUUGGGGAGAUGCCAAGCCCAGAUGUGGUAGCGUGGAAUGUAAUGAUUUCAGGGCAUGGGAAAAGAGGAUGUGAGACUGUGGCUAUUGAAUUUUUUCUCAAUAUGCGGAAAUCUAGUGUUAAAUCCACCCGUUCUACCUUGGGAAGCGUUUUGAGUGCUAUUGGGAUUGUAGCUAAUCUUGAUUUAGGUUUGGUAGUUCAUGCAGAGGCUAUUAAACUAGGCCUCGCCUCCAAUAUUUAUGUCGGCAGUUCUUUGGUUAGCAUGUACUCGAAAUGUGAGAAAAUGGAGGCUGCUGCAAAAGUAUUUGAAGCUUUGGAGGAAAGAAAUGAUGUCUUGUGGAACGCGAUGAUAAGGGGUUAUGCACACAACGGUGAAUCCCACAAGGUUAUGGAGCUGUUUAUGGAUAUGAAAUCUUCUGGUUAUAACAUUGAUGAUUUUACCUUUACAAGCCUUUUAAGCACUUGUGCUGCAUCGCAUGAUCUAGAAAUGGGAAGCCAGUUUCACUCGAUUAUCAUCAAGAAGAAGUUAACAAAAAACUUAUUCGUAGGAAAUGCAUUAGUAGAUAUGUAUGCAAAAUGCGGAGCUCUUGAAGAUGCAAGGCAAAUUUUUGAGCACAUGUGUGAUCGGGAUAAUGUGUCUUGGAACACCAUAAUUGGGAGUUAUGUCCAAGAUGAGAAUGAGAGUGAAGCUUUUGACUUGUUCAGGAGGAUGAAUUCCUGUGGUAUAGUGUCUGAUGGAGCAUGUUUGGCUAGCACACUUAAGGCAUGUACAAAUGUUCAUGGUCUUUAUCAAGGAAAACAAGUUCACUGCCUCUCUGUCAAAUGUGGCCUAGACAGAGAUCUUCAUACUGGUAGUUCGCUCAUUGACAUGUAUUCCAAGUGUGGAAUCAUCGAAGAUGCACGUAAAGUUUUCUCUUCUAUGCCUGAGUGGAGUGUUGUGUCCAUGAAUGCUCUAAUUGCAGGUUAUUCUCAGAACAACCUAGAAGAAGCUGUAGUUCUCUUUCAAGAAAUGCUGACCAGAGGUGUUAACCCAUCUGAAAUCACUUUUGCCACCAUUGUUGAAGCUUGUCAUAAACCAGAAAGUUUAACUUUAGGAACACAAUUUCAUGGUCAGAUAAUAAAAAGGGGGUUCUCAUCUGAAGGUGAAUAUCUAGGGAUUUCCCUUUUGGGCUUGUACAUGAAUUCACAUAGAAUGGCAGAGGCUUGUGCCCUCUUCUCCGAGUUAUCAAGCCCUAAGAGUAUUGUUCUUUGGACGGGAAUGAUGUCAGGUCAUAGUCAGAAUGGAUUCUAUGAGGAGGCCUUGAAGUUCUACAAAGAAAUGCGUCAUGAUGGUGUUCUACCUGACCAGGCAACAUUUGUCACUGUUCUUCGAGUGUGUUCUGUCCUUUCCUCUUUAAGAGAAGGUAGAGCUAUCCAUUCUCUUAUUUUUCACUUGGCCCAUGACUCGGAUGAGUUGACCUCUAACACCCUAAUAGACAUGUAUGCUAAAUGCGGGGACAUGAAUGGUUCGUCACAAGUUUUCGAUGAAAUGAGGCGUAGAAGCAACGUUGUCUCAUGGAACUCCUUGAUCAAUGGAUAUGCGAAAAAUGGUUACGCUGAAGAUGCCCUGAAAAUCUUUGAUUCCAUGAGACAAUCCCAUAUCAUGCCAGAUGAAAUCACUUUCCUAGGUGUUCUUACAGCUUGUAGCCAUGCAGGGAAAGUGUCAGAUGGGCGAAAGAUUUUUGAGAUGAUGAUUGGUCAAUACGGUAUUGAAGCGCGUGUAGACCAUGUAGCAUGUAUGGUUGAUCUUCUUGGGAGAUGGGGCUAUCUUCAAGAAGCUGAUGACUUCAUAGAAGCACAAAACCUGAAACCAGAUGCAAGACUUUGGUCAUCUCUUCUUGGUGCAUGUAGGAUUCAUGGAGAUGACAUGAGGGGAGAAAUUGCUGCUGAGAGGCUCAUUGAAUUAGAACCACAAAACUCUUCAGCUUAUGUUCUUCUUUCGAAUAUAUAUGCCUCACAGGGACGUUGGGAAGAGGCCAAUGCUUUGAGGAAAGCCAUGAGAGAUAGAGGAGUCAAGAAGGUACCUGGAUAUAGCUGGAUUGAUGUGGGACAGAGAAGACACAUUUUUGCUGCAGGAGACCAAUCUCAUUCUGAUAUAGGAAAAAUCGAGAUGUUCCUCGAGGAUCUUUAUGAUUUGAUGAAAGAUGAUGCCGUUGUUAAUCCUGAUAUCGUGGAACAAGCCUCUCUUGAUUGUGUGUAAUAAGACAAGGAAACACUAACGGUGAACAGCUUCUCGACCGUAGUCGGUUUCGUACAGAGCUGAAGAUCACCAGAUCAGUUCACAUAAUCAGAUGCAAUGAUAGGAACUCAAAUUUCAUACGAACAGGCGACUAUGUUUCUUUCGCCUUUGGUUAUGUGGACCAAGUUUUCAUGUAGCCAAGAAAAACAAGGCUUUAUU